UAUCCAGGUUGGUUGUGUUCAGUUACAGUGACAAAUCCGACCCUGAUGCGGAUAAUUCGUUCCAAUUCUGAGAACUGAAACGGCACCGUUUUCAAGCCCCCGCGCUUCUUCGAACUCCCGCUCCCCAGGCUUGAGGCUCAUUUUCCCGUCUCUCCUGUUUCAUUGUUUUGUUAAGACAGCGAGGAGAUUGGCCUCAUGCUACCAUUUGUUAAGACAACGAGGAGACUGGCCUCAUGCUACUCUAAAAAGAAAGAGGAAAAAAAAGGAGAAAACUUGAUUAUAGAUUUUGAAGUUUCGACUAGAAGACGAACAUCAGAGAUAUUUUAUUGAUAGUUUGCUGCAGUUACAGCAAUGGCUUCACUUGAAUCUCCUAGAGAAUACAGAGAGUGGCAGUGGGACAGGAAGCCUGACCAGCUGAAAGUCAAGGAAAGCAAGUCAGAAUCUGAGAGGCUCAAGAUUAUAUAUGAUGAAAAGAGCCUUUCCGUGUCACUUGUGCUCCGUCUUGCCUUUCAAAGCCUCGGAGUCGUUUAUGGAGAUCUAGGAACAUCUCCUUUGUAUGUUUUCCAAAGCACAUUUACCGAUGGGAUCAAGAACAAGGAAGACGUGAUCGGAGCUCUGUCAUUUAUCAUAUACUCUCUCACGUUUAUACCGCUGAUGAAAUACGUAUUCAUUGUCUGUAGAGCCAAUGAUAGAGGUCAAGGUGGAACUUUCGCGCUAUAUUCUCUACUAUGUCGCCACGCAAGUAUAGGGGAUAUACAUGUUCAUGACCAAACUGAUGAGAAGCUAACAACUUACAGCCGUUCUAGUUAUGAUGGGCGAUCAUUUGCUGCAAGAACAAAGAAAUGGUUAGAGAAAAAUUCGACAAGAAAACAUCUAGUUCUUGUUCUAGUCCUUGUUGGGUCUUGUAUGGUGAUCGGAGACGGGAUUCUUACUCCAGCUAUAUCAGUACUGGCAGCUGUUGGCGGGUUAAAAACAGAAUUCGCCAAGAUACCUGAAGAGGCGGUUGUGGUUAUUGCAUCUGUAAUAAUAGUAGCCUUGUUCAGCAUCCAGUAUCUCGGGACAGACAAAGUUGGCUGGAUUUUUGCACCCAUUCUUUUCGUGUGGUUCCUUCUCCUAAGCGGCAUCGGUAUCUUCAACAUUGUUAGAUAUGAUAAGAGCGUUGUCAAAGCCUUUUCACCCAUUUACAUGUACCGAUACCUCAAAAGGGGAGGCACGCAGAAUUUCACAUCUCUUGGCGGUAUUAUGCUCAGCAUCACUGGAACUGAGGCUCUCUUUGCUGAUCUCUCCAACUUCUCUGUCUCAGCCAUUCAGAUUGCCUUUACGACUAUUGUUUUCCCGUCUCUCCUCCUUUCCUACAUUGGACAAGCUGCCUACCUUAUGGAAUAUCCCGAACAAAUCUCAAACUUAUUUUAUAGUUCAAUUCCAGAUAUCAUAUACUGGCCAAUGCUCGUUCUUGCAACUGCUGCCGCAAGUGUAGCAAGUCAAGCCACCAUAACCGCCACGUUCUCCCUAAUCAAACAAGCUGUUGCCCUCGGAUGUUUCCCGAGGGUCAAAGUUGUGCACACUUCAAAAAAGUUCCUUCAUCAGAUUUACAUCCCUGACAUCAACUGGAUCCUUAUGAUUCUCUGUGUUGCCGUAACAGCUGGAUUCAAAAACCAGAUUCAAAUCGGGAACGCAUCCGGAACUGCGGUUGUGAUAGUUAUGCUUGUGACAACAUUUCUCAUGAUCUUGAUCAUGUUGCUUGUGUGGAACUGGCAUUGGCUCAUCGUCUUGAUCUUCACCAUUGUUUCCUUAGCUAUAGAAAUCACUUACUUCUCAGCAGUUUUAUUUAAGCUCAACCAAGGUGGAUGGGUUCCACUGGCCAUAGCAGCCGGCCUCUUCGUCAUCAUGUGGGUUUGGCGUUAUGGCACACUCAAACGUUACGAGUUUGAGAGGCAUAGUGAGAUCUCAAUGGGUUGGAUCCUCGGGUUAGGUCCUAGUUUAGGACUAACCCGGGUUCCCGGCAUUGGUCUACUCUACACUGAACUAUCCAGCGGUAUUCCACACAUUUUCACUCAUUUAAUCACAAAUCUACCCGCCAUCCACUCGGUUGUGAUCUUUGUCUGCGUAAGAUACGUCCCAGUCUAUACCGUCCCAGAAGGCGAGCGGUUCUUGGUUACCAGAGUUGGCCCCAAUGAUUUCCACAUGUUCCGUUGCGUUGCCAGGUAUGGCUACAAAGACCUGCACAGAAAAGACGACGAGUUUGAGGAAAAGCUCUUUGAGAGUCUCUUCAGGUUAGUCCGGUUAGAAAGCCUUAUGCAAUCAUGUGGCUCAGACAUCGAACAGUAUUCGGACAUUCUGGAAGAUGUUUCAGUCGGUGAAGGUGUCCCGACAGUUGCUUCAUUAGAGAGUUCUAUAGUUCCGGUGGACACACCGACAUACUCUCAGGGCAAAACAGAUGUAGUUGACGACGAGGCUGAGUUCUUGGCACGGUGUAGAGAAGCCGGAGUUGUGCAUAUUCUUGGGAAUUCGGUAGUGACAGCUCGAAGAAACUCAAACAUCUUCAACAAGAUUGCUAUCAAUUAUCUGUAUUCUUUUCUGAGGAAGGUUUGUAGAGACAACAGUGCAAUGUUCUAUAUUCCUCAUGAGAGUCUUCUUAAUGUUGGACAAGUUGUUCAUGUCUAACAAGUAACAAAAAGUUUGGUUCUU